UCAUAUGCAAAUAUCUAUUCAGACCACGAAUACCUGGAUCUUGUCUAACAUCACAUGGCAGCUAAAUAGUUUUGCGCGAUGGAAAUAACAAGACGUCUUACUUUUGAUUGAUAUUUACAUGUCGAGGAUGGUCGCAGUCCAAAUAUUGAUAUGAAGAACGAAAGGGAUCACAGCGGAGACACUCAUUCUAUGGAACAUCUAGAGUAACAGCUACAGAAACUAAUACAAAUCAAUAUUUGGCGCAUUGGAUCUACACAAAGACCUGUCAUGAAACUAAAGCAGGAAAUUCGUGAUGACUACAACCAGAGAGGUGACGAGACCCUGGAGGAACUAUUCCAAUCUUCAGAUGACAAAAAGGCCGGGCGACAAGACGACGAUGCUACCUCAACCUCCCUUUGCAACAAAAAACAGGUUGGUGUAGCGGCCUGUUUGAUGUCCGCCAUCAUUGCCGGCACUAUCCCUUCAACCUCUCGGUACGUCCAGGACCGCGGCUACACACCUUACCAGAUCAUCUUCUUCAAUGACUUGUUGAUAACUCUGGCUGCGUUGGGUGUCAUCAUCUACUACCGCACGGACAUCCGUGUUUCCAGUUACAAACGACGAGCACAGCUCUUCUUUCAUGGAGUUUUCCGGUUCGUUGGCCAGGUGUUCUUGGUGAUGUCCUUCCUGUAUGUACCUCCUGCCCUCGCAGAGAACGUUACCAACGCCAGUAUUCCAGUCUUUGCCGUUAUUGUGGCAGGAAUGUUUCUACGCGAGGUUCCUUCUCCAGUCGUCAUCUUCGGAAGCAUCUGUAACAUCAUCGGGGUGAUACUUUUUGGUUACGGAAGCUUUUACGAGGAACUGUCACACACAGAACCGCACACAGAACGCGCCGCUCUGGGAUUCGGCUUGGCUGUGGCUUCAGCAGCCAUUUCUGCCUGCAUCAACACAAACACAAGAAGUCUUCUCCAAAACGCCAUCGUUCCGAAAAGACUGCUAUGUGUAUGUGCCCAUGGUAUUUGUAGCGUUUUGGCUGGUGUACUGGCGAGUAUCUUCAGUUCAACGUGGCAACUCGAUGCCAUAUCGUCUGGUGCUUUAAUUGUGAAUGUGACAACACAUGGGAUAUUCAUAGCACUUUUAUACGCCGGUCUGGAGUUUGUAGAAGUGAACACGCAAAGCGCUCUGCGACAGGUGACCGCUUUGUCAGCAUAUGUUCUCCAGUGGGCGAUUUUAGGACUCAAACCGACAAUAUAUGAAGAUAUAGGAGUGGUCUGUAUCGUUGCAGGGACAUUAGCAGUAGUCGUUGUGGGGUUGGUAGGACGUUGGAAAGACAGAAAUCGUGUUUCCUUUGUUGCUAAAAUGGGUUUCAAUGAUAUAUACGAUAGAGACGUUGCAGAGUAACCGCCUCGACUGCUGUACGGCUACCUCUUAUUUGUAGUCUUAUUCAUUUGCUUGUAAAAAUCUAUGCUAUUUUUAUGUAUCAUCAUACAAAGCUUUAAGUUAGAAUGCAUGGAUUGUCUAAUUGCACGAGGAAAUUAUAAUUUCUUUCUGUGCUAUUAUAAUAUCAAAAACAUGGAAACUUUAUCAUGUACACAAUUGAAGAAAAUAUUCCUCUUAUUGCUGUAUAUAGUGAACAAUCAAGAAUAAAUGAUGCCACUCGA